AUGCGAGAGCCCCGUCGACGGAGCCCGGAGAGCACCCGGCGGCGGCGCGCCGAGCGCCGGCAUUCCAGAGAGCAGCUCGCCGCCGCCGCCGCCGCCGCCGCCGUCUCGGCUCCCGUCGCCGAACCCGCCCCGAUAGUGUCCCAUUCCCACUCCCAGGGACGAGCCCGUGCCGAUUCGAGCUCGUCGUCGUCGUCGACCUCGUCCUCGUUGAUGAACAUCUCGCGAAAAAGUCGUUGGGGAAUCCGCUCCUUCUUCGCCUCCUCGUCGGUCAAGAAGGUCAAGAAGCGCCGCUCAUUUCGCAAGAAGAACUCUUCCUCGUCCUCUUUCGACAGCGAUUUGGCCUAUGGCGCAGGUUAUAUGUCCAGGUCCUCCUUUGAGAGGCAGCAGGCAGCAUACCAACAGACCCCUCAGCACCACCAACACCCUUCGUAUCAUCCCCACCAACUGGCUCAGCAGCAUCCCCAGCAAUACCCCCAGCAAUACCCCCAGCAAUACUCUCAACAAUACCCCCCGCAAUACCCUCAGAACGCGCAAUACCCACCACCGCAUGCGCAACAUACCCAGCCCACCUACCAUCCCGCCCCCGGCGCCCCGUCUCACCACCCCUUGCAGGAUGAUCCGUUGUUUGGACCCGAUGGACGGCCUGCACUGAACAGGGCCCAGACCGACGAGGAGAUUCUCGCCCUAGGCCGUAGGCUUUCGGACCUUGCGCGAGCCGAAAACAUCCGAGACCUCGAACGGGUUGGCAAAAAGCGCCCUUCCCGCAUGGGAGCCGCCGUCGCGGCUUUGUCCGAGUUCCAUCGUCACGGGUCCCAGGGGCAGCCCGCCAGGGGCAUGAGCUCCUCCAAACCUAGCCACCGCCACGACGACUCUGAUACCGACUGGGAAUCCGCCUCGGACUCCGAUUCUGAUUCGACGAGCGACGCCAACUCUGCCCUGGCUUAUGGCCCCAUGCCUAAGUUCUCGGACCCUAGCUUGCCCAUCGCCCCCCCACCGCAAAGCCAGAGCAUUGCCCCGACCGUUAUCUCUCAGGUGCCGCCUGAAUCUAUCUACUCUCCUCGCCGCAAGAGUUCCGCGGUGGACCCAGCCAGGUUCGGCCCUAUCAACUCCCUCCGUGGCUUCAUCAACACACCUUGCGGCUUCCGCCCCGGCGAGUACCCACAGCACCCUCCUGGUCCGACGGAAUCACAACUGCCACAGCAUGACCCUAUCCCCCCACCACAUAGCGCAUCGAUCGAGGCUGGACCAAUGCGGAACGUUUACCCGGUCCCGACCACUAACCCCUCCCGCUUCGAAGCAGCUCCGAGCGCCUCGGGCGCGCCUGUUCCGCUUGCCGGGGCGCCAGCUCCAUCCACGCCGACGCGUCGGGACAGAGAUAGAGACACCGACAGGGAUAGCGUGCUGUAUUCCAGCCGCCCCGAGUCGUCUGUACCGAUCCAGGCGCCGAAGCCGAGAGUUCCCGUGUCGCCCCGCGUGUUGGAGGACCAGCGCGCUGCCGUCGAGAAGGACCAGCAGGCCCAACAGGGGAGCCCGCGCGAGCGUCGGUCUAGGAAGAGUCGCGACUCGGACAGGAGGAGCGCUGUGGAUUCUGUCGCCUCUGGUGCGCUGCCCGCGGUCAUCGGCGCUGCUGCAGGAGCGGUGCUGGCUGGAAUCGCGGAGGACAGACGGGAGAAGAGGCGCGAUGAGCGGGACUAUGAUAAACGGGAUGACAGGGGUUACUUUGAUGACCGCCACGCCCACCCGGGAGCCCCUGACAUGAGAAGCGUUGUAGAGAAUGCUUUUAGCGGGGCCCCUUCUUCUGCCGCCGUCUCAGACGCUAAUAAGCAGCGCGAGCUCGACGAGCUUCGCGAGAAAGAAGCCCGUGUGCGCGAAGACCGUCUCCGCUACGAGCGCGAAGCGGAGCGUCACCGUGAAGCCCGCGAAUACCGUGAGAAGGAGGAGCGCCACCGCCGGGAGGAGGUGGACGCCCGCCGCCUUCGCGAUGACCCGGAACUUGCCGAUAAGUAUGAACGUCGCGUGCGAGAGGAGCGCGAACUCCGCUACAAGGAGGAGCGUCGGAGCAACGACGAGCGCACGCGGUCGGAGCAUGACCGGAUGUUGAGGGACGUCGAGAAGAAGCGCGAUCGUGAGGAGAAGCGCAAGGUCGAGACGCGCGAGCACAUGGAGGAGCGUAGUCGAGAGCGCGAAGAACGCCGCCGCUCGAAGGGCAAGGACGCCGUCACGGUCGUUGAUGAACGUGGAAGCAGCCCCUCGGCCAGCAAAGAGGUCCCGCCCCUCCCCGAGAAGAAGCAAGGGGGGCUGGAACCUGGGGCGCGAAAGCCUACCCGCGAGGAGAGGCGUGCUAAGCGCGAAGAGACCCGUCGCAUGAUCGAGGAAGUUCAGCGCCAAAUCGAGCUCGAGAAGAAGCGGAUUGCGGAACUGGACGCGGGCAGGCAGCCUCCCGUAGAGGAGUGUUCUGAACCUGGUCCCUCGAGUAGCAAGAACGACACAGUCGAUCCCUUCCAAUAUCAGGUUGCGACUGAUGCCUUUCCCACUCCGGCGUUGGGCAGCCCGAAGCGCUCCAUCACUCCUGUUAUCCACACCGUCGAACGCGAGCCCGAUUGGGCCCGUGAAAUGCCUAGUCGACUUGACGAACGUGAGGAGCGGUUGAGCCGGCGCUGCUCUUUUGAGCGAGAGGUGCGAGAAGCCCAGGCCUCCGGCGAAACAAACGGCGCCACCGCUCCGGCUGGGGACGACAAGACCCCUGCUGCCAUUUCGGUGCCUGGCGAAGACCGUGCCCGGUCCCGUUCGCGUGAACCCCCCCGAGGCAGAGAUCCGGAGCCUGUGAGAGACGUCGUGCAGGACGAGGCCAACCGGCACUACCGCGAGAAGAGGAUGGCCGAGAGGAUUGCUGAGGAGGAGAUCCGCUCCCGCACGCCUUCCCCGUCGCGCUCGGUCGUGGACAAAUAUGAAGACAACGAGGAACCUGUCGGGCGCAUCGUGACUCCGCCCGAGAUGAAACGCCCUCCCACUAAGAGCAAGUUCGAUGGCCCUAACGCCGACGUACGCAUCGACAAUGUCAUCAUGCCACAAGACGUUUCCAGGUUUCACCCCCCUCGCGCGAGCGCGUCCGGCCUGGGCCCCGUGAUGAUGCCCAUCUUCAAAUCGAGGGACCCGUCGUGUGAGCGCGAGCGGCCUAUGCUCAACCUUGUUCUCCCCACGCCAAGGACGUCUCCCUCCCUGGAGAAAAUGAAAGCCAGGCAGGCUGCCGUUCAAGCUGCUGAUGAUGCGACAUCCGAAGACGAGAAGAAGAAGGACGACCGAAAGCCCAAGACAAUCACCAACUACCGCGGCCAGACGGUUGAAGUUCCUGAUGAUUAUGAUACCGGCCGUGUUGUGGAGAAGGAAAGCCGCGAGUCGUCUCAGGAGCGCCCUGCUAUCAAACUCAGGUUUGGUGGUAAGAAGAAGAGCGCUUGGGGGAGCCUCAUUGCGGCUGCUGUUGUUGGUGCCGCGGGCAAGACGAAGGGUCAGGGAUUGGGCCAAAUCGAGAAGGCUGUUGGGGCCCCAGGGAGUGCCACCGUUGUUGAAGCGGACAAAGACAAACCGCGGGAUGUGGAACCCGUGCCGGAGCCUAAACCGGAGCCGGUGCCUGUUCCGGAGGUUCAGCCGACGAUUGAAACUGUCGCCGAAGCACCCCGAGACGUUACGCAAGAGUCGGAGCCGGUAUCAACUGAAACAGCGCCGGAAUCACAACCCUCGCCAACCCGGAGCGUCUCCCAGGCACCAUCCACCCCUCCUCGUCGGUCACGAGUUCCGUACGAAUUCGACGAUGACCCUCCUCAGGUUGGUCCGAAACCCGCUAGCCCACAGACGCCUCGGACAGCGGGUCCUUAUGAAGAUGACAUCGACUUUGCCGCCACCGUCGCUGUGGGCCUGCAAAGCACUGGGUUUAAUCCGGACAUGGUAGUUAAUGAUCCCACCUACCGGAAACGAGAUUCGCCCCCCGGUUCAAACGAACUUACCUACACGGCCCCAGUUUCUGAAACCGUCACUAACCGCGGUCUUGAUUCUGCCAACCGGGGUGUUGAAGAAAACGUUGUGGGUGGGAAUGCUGAAGCCGCGCCCAAGCCUGAAGAUGUCGAAUUCAGCAGGGAACCUUCGGUGCUCGACGCGGAUGAUGAGUGGUCAGUCAAGAGCUCCACAAAGUCUCCGAAGUCGAAGCGGGACAGCUCUUACGACACCACAGUGUACUCCGCUCCUUCGUCUGAAGUGUCUUUUGGAAGCUCGAGCAGCAAGAAGAGCAAAAGGAAUCGCCGCAAGAGCACGAAGGAUUCCUAUGACAUACCGGAGCAAGACGAACCGCCUGAUCGACCCGGUGAUUCUUUUCAAUGGAUCGACCGCGAGCUGAGCUCGGUCGUAUCCGAUCCGAGUGGCAAGCUCAAUGGCGGCCAUCAUGACACGGCAUCCGUCAUCUCGCCCCCCACGAACGGCAGCAGCGAGCACCACGAGCGCUCAAUAACACAGAACGGCGAUGAGAAGGAUUCUUUUUUAGGUAAUGCCGGCACCUUUGGCGCAGGUGCCGGCCUGGCGGGAGCCGUUGUUGCUAUCGCAGCUCAGCUUUCCCGUCCCAAUGCCGCCCAGGACCUUGUUGAGGAGGAGAAGAUGCAGGGACCGGUUCGGCGUGAGCGCAGCAUCAGCUACAGCUCGCAGACCGUCGACCCAGAGAUCAUCCAGCGGGAAAUCAAACCCGCCAUUGAUCCCCAGUUUGGUGAUCUCCUGCCCCUCCCUCCCAGCGAGCCUGGUUCGCCCAGCUUUGAUCACCUAAACAAAGAAGAUUUUUUCUUCCCUUCCCUUCCCGACAGUGAGGACGACACACCGUCUCCUCAACAAACUCGCCCGCGCCGCGGCACCGUUGGCCACACGCACACCCGCCGGCGUAGCGCGGUUGAGCCGCCCAAGACACCCAGCCGUACUGCUGUGCCAGUACAGUUCCGCAUGGGUCGCGGCUCGGUUCCUUCCUCCCCUGCCUUCCGCUUCUCGCCCCUACACUCGCCCGUCGCAACCACCCACUUCGAGACGAGUAAUAUCUCGCCCAAAAGGAACCGCUCCGCGCGACCGAUGUCGUGGGACAGCUCGCGAGACUUCAAGCCGCUUUACCUGCUCGAGAAGACCGCGAGCUCGAGCGCUCACGGUCCUGCCGCUGAGUCGAAGCAGCAGGAUGAGUAUCCCGCGUUGCCGCCCAGCGAACCCCCCUCGCGGGAGUCGCCAGGGCCGGAGUUUGAGGAACGUGAGGACGACCUGGACUACCUGGGCGUCGGGCUCAGGGUCGCCGCGGGGAUGGGAGCUUCCGUGGGCCUGUUGGAGGCCCUGCAGAUUGACACGUCGAGCAGGGGGCUUGAUGUUGGUGCUGGCGAGGUCAAGUUUGGCGAGCCGCUGGGGUCGGGCGAGACGACGCCCAGAGCCGCCGUCGCUUCUCGUCCUCCUUCGCGCGGCUUCGAUGCCCUGACGGAAAAGUCGGAUGAAGCUGCCUAUGAUGCCCUGGAUGAGUGGCAGGUUGUCGGGGAUCUGGACGCGUUGCCACCGCUGCCGGAGAGCCCUGUUGAAUCAUCCCCUGCCCUGGCACCAUCACUCCCAGUUGUUGCGGCCGAACCUCAACCUGUCUUUGAGGACCUGAGGGGUUUGCCUGCCCUUCCUGACAGUCUGCCAGCCUCGCCUCCGUUGGCGGCCUUGCUUCCGGCUCCUGCGCAGCUGCUUUUCCCUGAGGACUUGGAGCAGUUGCCGGCUCUGCCUGAGAGUCGCCCAUCCUCGCCUGUUCUAGAGGCUCGACGUUCGGCUCCUAGCCCGCUGCUGUUUGCUGAGCCAGAGGCGCUGCCUCCACUUCCUGAGAGCCGUCCGGGGUCGCCUGCUCUAGAUGCGCUACCUGCUGCUCCUAGCCCGUUGUCAUUUGCUGGCUCCGAGCCAAGGGAGCUCCCUCCACUUCCUGAGAGUCGUCCGGAGUCGCCUCCCCUAGAUGCGCCACCUGCUGCUCCUAGCCCGUUGCCAUUUGCUGGCCUUGACUCAGGGCAAUUGCCGGCUUUGCCUGAGAGCCGGCCAGACUCGCCUGCUCGGGAGCUGCCGCCUCUCCCGCAAACCGUCCCCGGUUCUCCUGUUCAUGAAGCCCUCGCUUUGGCCCCGGCGCCUGAAUUGUUGACGGGCCCGGUCUUCCAGGAUGAACUCGGUGCUGCACUACCCGCUCCGGUACAAGAACAAAGGUUUGAUCGUGAACUGAACAAAUUGCCUCCCCUUCCCGAAAGCCAACCUGCCUCGCCUGUUUUAUCGACAGUGGUUCAAACUCCCGCAUAUCUACCGGUCGACGACGGGCUGGAGCUGCUCCCGGCUCUCCCUGAAAGCCGGCCAGUUUCGCCUCUUCAGGGGUUGCCUGCUCCUACUUCCCGGCCAGUCGACGAUGGGCUGGAAUCACUCCCAGCCCUCCGUGAGAGUCAACCAGCCUCGCCUGCUCCAUUGGAAAUAGGUCCUACGCCCGUCUUGGCGAUCGGUGAUAAGCUAGAGUCGCUUUCACCUCUUCCUGAGAGCCGGCCACUUUCGCAUGUUCAGGAGUUGCCUGCUUCCAUCUCGUUGCCAGUUGACGGCAGGAUGGACUUGCUCCCACCUCUUCCAGAGAGCCGACCCCUUUCUCCUAUUGAGGAGCUGGCUGCUCCGCCUGAGCCCUUGGAAUCUUCCGCCCCUUCUAUUUCGGCAGCCGAGCAAAUUGAGCAAGCUCCUGUUCCCCGCGGACUUGAUCUCAUUCAGGAACCAGAGGCCCUACCGCCCCUGCCCGAAAGCCGCCCCGACUCGCCUUCCGUGGAAGUUCUCGCUCCCGUUACCGCGCCCCUGCCGUCUCUGACCGAGCAGGCGGAAGGGUUUGCUGCGCAAACUCCGAGUCGCGAACUGAAGUUUGAGGAUUUACCGGCCCUUCCGGAUAGCCGCCCCGGUUCGCCCACUGAAUUGGAGAUGACGCCUGCUCCCGUCGCUGAGCCUUCCACCUCACUUCUUCCUGCUGAGGCUAUUACUGAAGAAACAACACCAGCGCAGGAGUGGAGUGCUGUCGAAGACCUGGAAAAGCUGCCUUCACUUCCGGAGAGCCGCCCUAGUUCGCCUGUUGAUAUAGACCUCGCGCCUGCUUCCACCACCGAGCCUUCCACAUCAAUUUUUCCCGCUGAGGUUAUCGCUAAGGAAGCAACACCGGCGCAGGAGUGGAGCUCUGUAGAAGACCUGGAAAAGCUGCCUGCACUUCCGGAUAGCCGCCCUAGCUCGCCCGCUAACAGAGAGCUCGGGCCCACUGACCCUUCUGCUUCGCUUUUGCCCACUGAGCUCAUCACUGAGGAUACUACAUCGGCACAAGAGCGGAGCUUUGUUGAAGACCUGGAGAAGCUGCCUUCACUACCGAAGAGCCGCCCUAGUUCGCCCGCUGCGGUAGAGCUCCCAAUUGCUCCCACCACUGAGCCUUCUACCUCGCUUCUUCCCGCCGAGACUGUCGCUGAGGACGCCACACUAGCAGAGGGCCGGCGUUCCAUUGAAGACUCGGAGGAGUUGCCUGCACUCCCAGGAAGCCGGCCUGACUCACCUGUUGUAGCCGAUAUUGCUCCGGUUGAAGUCGUCGACUUCCAGCCUAUCAUCGAGACUAUCUCCACGCAAAACCAAGACUUCGAGCCAAAUUCAGACGAGCUACCGCCUCUGCCGGAAAGUCGCCCCGACUCCCCAGUGCAGAAAGACGCAGAGUUUAUCGAGCUUGUGAAGGCACAGCUCGCCGGUGAAGACAUUUCUGGAGAGCACAGCUCCGAACCAAACCUGGCGGCUUUGCCCGCACUGCCAGACAGUCGCCCGGACUCCCCCGUUCAGAGAGACACAGAGUUGGUUGAGGUUAUCAAUUCCCAGCCUGUCGUUGAAGACAUCACCCAGGAGCGGAGCCCUGAACAAAAUGUGACGGCUUUGCCCGCACUUCCUGAGAGCCGCCCCAGCACUCCUACUCAGCCCCCAACAUCACCGGCCGUGCUCCCCGAGUCCUCAACGGUUGCAGUCCCUGAAGGCGAACAGACACCUGCCACUAAGAAGGUUCGGCCGAGUUUUAGCCAAGAGUCUACGAUCCAAGAACGGGACUUUGCCGAGAGACCUUCAGAAGGACCUCGUUCUGGUCGGGUUUACCAACCUGCUUCAACAUGGGAGGAGCUCAAGAAAUCCGGGUUCCAUAAACGGAUACCGAGCCCCCCGGCGACCCGCGGUUUCGACAAACGAGAGAUUUCGGAGCCCACGGAGAAAGGAAAAUCUAAUCUGCUUGGUGCUACGGCAACUGCCGCGGGUGGGGCAGCGGCAAGUGGCAUUCUCGUUGCUCACAUGCGUCAUGACGACUCGCAGCCUGACCUGCAACGCCUUGAAUACGACAAACUGCAAACGCCGAGCUACGACAGGGCUGAGAGUGUCUACUCGUUUAAUGAAGACGCCUCCACCGUUGCAGCGUCUGAAGCACCGACCUACCUGUCCGGUUCGACAUUCUACGAGCCGCAGUCCGAGUCUGGAAAACCGGAGGAGUCAACGCCAAAACCUGGUACGCUCGCAUAUCUUCUGAGCAAGAGAGGCGUGAAGUUCCAAGACCAGGCAGAUGAGUGGGCUACUGCGAGGGCUCCUUCUCUUGAACCUCUCCCCGAAGUGAGGGACAACCACGAUUCGGGAGAGACACCGACCGAUACCAGUACGGGUCAACCUGCUGCUGCUGCUGUUGAGGGGAAGCAAGAGGUUGAGCCGCAUACACUAGAGGGGACUUCAAGCACGCGCAAGAAGGGCAAGAAAAAGAGCAGCAAGAAGGAUGAUUCCCGGAUCGAAUCUCAGGCUGAGAAUCAACAGAGUCAAGCUAGCGAAUCUCAUCCCGGGCCCCUGGCUUCCGCACCCACCGCCCAGGUUGAUGCGGCCACCAACGACCAGCCGCAGCUCACCACCGCCGAGACAUCUGCGCUAGAUCCAGCUGGGUCUACCGACAAGCCCGAAGGUCACGAGAGCACCCCUGCGCCCAGCAAGAAAAGCAAGAAAAAGAAAAAGGCCAAGAAGGGAGAUGCCAGCUUGGAGCCCCAGCAUGACCCCCGGUCAGCUGCAAGUACCCUCGGACCCGACAGCGCGGGUCUCACAUCGGAGUCUCACUCGACUGCAACUCUGCAAGAGAUCGGGCUAGACUCUGCAGCACCUCAGCACGUGGAGCCACGCGAGUUGUUGGAGGCGGACGCUGUCCCGCCCAGCAGCGGUGAGGCUACGGUUGUACGGGAAACCCCGGGAGAUGCAGCGAUUGAGCAGGGCCCUCGACCACAGCCCGUUUCGUCCGCACCUGCAGGUGUUAAGCCCGAGCAAGGCGAGCGUGUCACCCGAAGCUUGCCGGAAGCUGAAGCCGCGCCAGCUGAGCCGACUAAGACAAAGAAGGGCCUCUGGGGCUCUUCGUUCUCGAUACUUCCUUCCAUCACCGGCGGCGUCGGUUCUCUUUUUGGCAGAGGGAAGGGGGACGCUAUCCAGGAGAAGCAGCAUCAAGAGCCCGAGAAGCGGGAAGCUGAGGUUCAGCCGGAGCCAGAGUCAUCUCGUGAUGCACUUCCGAUGCAGGAUGCAGAACAACAACAACAAGAGCACAACGACGAAUCAUUGGAGUCGAUCCCACUCCCGCCCCCAAAUUUAGGCGAAUCGAGCCGCCAAAUUCCCGAUGUGGGGCGUGCGACCGGAGUGCAUGAACCCCCUGACAACAACAAAUCAGGGGCCGACACGGCGGACGCUGCUGCAGACACCGCUGUUUGGACACCAAACGAGCAAACCCCAGCCCCUGUAAUCCUCACACUCAAUCCGGUCGAUGAAACGACGCCACUUUCGGAAGCAUCACGCCUCGAGAACGAUGUGGUGGGUAGCACUGACGGCGUACGCGAGGGGACAGAGGAUGAGCAGCCAGACAAAAUCGCACUUCAGUCGCCAGGCCAGUCCCAGGGCUUUGAAUUAUCGAACGAUACCCAACAGCCAACUGUCGAAGCUCCUGUUGCCGCUGAUGACGCCGUCGAAACAGCCGAUGCCAUGGAAGAGAAGGGCGAGGGGCAGGGGCAGAAGGACACGCCUAAGGAGGCUGAACCAGCUCUCCAAGACCCAGCAGAGGAUACGCCGCCUCCACCGGAACUCGCACCGCCGGCUGUUGCCGAGACUAGCCACGAAGAUCCCCUCCCUGCACCCCAGGCCAAUCCUGGACCCAUUGUGGCCACGGAGCCUGGGGCAGUGACCAGCGAGGGCGCUGAUCAAGACACUCCGGCUGAGCCUGCUGCAAAAAAGGGGAAAAAGGCCAAGGGCAAGAAGAAGAAGCAGGCCGUGGUUGAGGCCGAGGAAGUGCCCGCCGUGGAGCCCGCUUCGGAACCUGCUGUCCCAGAGACAGCGCCAGAACCUCCCGCGGCUGAGGUUCAAGGGGAGAACGCCCCUAGUGAGCCGGUUGUUGAGACUGCUCCGGCCGAGGCGCCGCAAGUUGAGUCCCAGCCCGAGCCAGCGCCUUCAAGCAAGAAGAGCAAGAAGAAGAAAAAGAAGCAGGCCAGCCAGGACACGGCCGAGGCUCCAGCCGAAGCUGCCGCUGAGCAAAGCAUACCCGCACCAGUUGAGAAGCCAAACGCCGCACGCACUCCGGACUCACUCCAGCCAGAGGCUCCCCCUGCCACGCAGUCACCAUCGGUUGAAGAUGCCCAGACACCACAAGGAGACGGCAGCACGCAACCUGAGGGGACCCAAGAACCUGCGACCGGCAGCAAAAAGUCCAAGAAGAAGAAGAAAAAACGCGGAUCGUUGGCUGUCGAGACCGAGACCCCUGAGACCAUUGCGCAGCCGUCAACGUCUGAGGAUGCGGUGCCAGCGCCCGUUACGGAUGGCCCCCCCGAACCGGAGCCGGAGCCGGAGCCGGAGUCGUUAGCAGCACCGGAAGCGCCGACUCGACAGCCCGAAGCUGAACCCGAAACUGCCCCCUUCCCAGCGCCGGACGCGGAUGACGCACCCACAAUCGCAAAGGGUAAGGACAAAAAGAAGAAACGGCGGAGCGUCAGUUUCGCCGAGCCUCUUGAGGAGCAUCUGGGAUCCUCCAAUGCGAGAGGUGAGGACGACAACAACCAGAAGACCCAGGACUCGAAGGACUCUAUCUCCGAUGUCCCCACGGUUCCCCCGCAAAGCGGCGACUCUGUUGUUGAGCGGCCUGCCCAAGCCGAGUCCCAGAGCCCCAGCACUCAAGUCGGUGUCACUGUCCCCUUGCUUGAUACCCGCGAUGUGUCUGGAGCUGGUUCUGACGUGGAGCCGCUGCAGGAACCCGCCUCUCCUUCUCGGUCCCCGGAACAACGGGUGGACAAUGAGACUUUGCACGGAAUGCCCGACAUGGAUCAGCAGCACACUCUGGUGUCAGGUGGAUCACACUCAAGGAUGGAGGAGGAGGAGGAGGCUUUGGAUGAGAAAUCUCCAAUUGACGAUUCAUCAUCAUCUUCAUCAUAUCCAUCAUAUCCAUCAUCUUCCAAUGAAUCUAAAAAGAGCCUCCCGCAUACUGAGGCCGAACCGGGAAACAUGCAGCAGCCGACAGGGCCACUUUCGGGUGAACAAGGUGACAAUCUGGGACUCGGUUCUGGAGAUGCAACCCCACUACACACCGCCCAGAGCACCACUGAACCAGUGCCAAGUGGUGCAGCCAGCGCCGAGACUGGGCCAAUAACAACCACCCCAGCCGCCAACCACCUGCAGCAGGGACAGGGACCAGUCGUCACCCGGGAGCCUGGCCUCGAGCCCGCUGCAUCUCAAUCAUGGGAGAAUAAAAAUAACGGUCAGGAAAACAAUACAAUUCACGACGGUCAAGACUCGGAAUUGUCCACUGAGCGAGUUCAAGAACCUUCGGUGUAUCGGGUCGCCGUCGAUGAGACCCAAUCAUCCACGGGAAAGGACAUUGAGGCCCAAUCGACCGAGAGUGAGAUUCUUUCCCUGCGAGCACUCUGCGAACCCCCAACUUACGAGGCUAUAGUUAUAGGUCCCGAAGGUGAACACCUAGCGCCAUCUGCAUCUCCAAUUGGCACUCCACCGGAUGAGGCCCAACCAACCAGCCUGCGCGAGCGGCCCUCGACUCCCUCCGACUCAGAUUCCGAAUCCGACUCCACAUCCCAGGACAUGCCUCUCCUGCCCGAGGAGGACCGCUCACCCUACAGCCUUCUCAAUAAGUCCAAGAAGAAGAGGAAGAAGCCCAAGGCCGAGGCAGAACCAUGGCCCGUAGAGUCUCCGGAAGCACAGUCGGCCGCGGUCCCCACCUACGGGGUCCCCGUCUACGAGAGCCGCCCAAGAGAGCGCAAGCAGCUCAGCACCGUGGUGGAGGAGACCGAACCGCCGUCCGAGUACGGCGACGGCGAUGCCCACUCCCUCAUAUCGGGCGACGACAACCAGUCUCUGCAGCGCCGCAAGUCGAUCGUCUCCGAGUCCUCCCACACCGUCUCCUCUCUGGGCCUCUCCUCCGAGACCAGCGCCGGUAGUCUGGCUGAUGACGAGGGCGGGGAGCCUCAUGUUUACUCACUCAAGAAGGUGGCUGGUAAGAAGAAGAAGGGAGCUGCUAAGCACGAUGCGGAGCUUACUUCUGAGCCCAUGGCCCCUGUCCUUGAGGAUCACGUCAUGUUUGAGGAGCCGGCAACGAUCGAAGAACCAACAAAAGGCGAAGAACCAGCACCACAGGUUGAAGAGUCAGCACCAGCAGCAACUCUGGCCGAAACCCCAGCAGCAGAUGCCGAAGAGUCCACAGCCCCUCCGUCAACCGAAGUCGAGGUGCCUGCGCCAAGUGUCUUGGAGCCGGUUGUUACACCAGUCCAGGAAACUGAACCCGUGGAUGCACAGGCCGAUGCUGCUGAACCCCAGGUUGAAGAACUGGGGCCCCCUCUGUCCACUGAAACUGAACAACUUACGCAUGAGGCACCUGAGCCUGCCAGUGAGGUUGCACAGGAGGUUCGCGAACCCGCUCCCGAGGGUAACUCAAAACCCACUGAGGAAACACCCGAGCCUCCCCUCGAAAUUCCCCAGGACGCCGCACAACCAGAAAAUACCCCCAUCAAGGAGUCGACCAUCGAGAAGCCCGUAUCAACAAUGCCUGACCCGGUAGAGGAACCCAAAGCCGUCACUGUUGAAGAAGUGCUCGACCCCGAGGAGGCUGCCGGUAAGGAGCCCGUUGCUGAGGCGCCUGUGGUCGAAAAGCCCGCCGCUGAGGAGACGCCCGUACAGCUGCAAGAGGAAAUUCAGCAGCCCUCCGAAAACAGUCAACCACAACCGGAGGUUGUACCACAAGGGGCCAUGGUCGAGGAGGUACCCGAAACUCUGACCAAGGGCAAGGAGGCUUUUGAGCCUGAGCCCGUUUCUCUUCCCGAGGCGGCACUGGUGGAAGGAGUCAUCCCAGUGAUUGAGAAACCCGCGCCUGGUGCCGAGGAGCCAGCGCCCGCCCUGAAGGAAACUAUCGCCGUUCCCGAGGAAUCCAGCCAGCUCCCGCAGAUUGUUGUUUCCACGGAGGCAGAGGCCGAACCUGUUUUUGAGACCAUCCAAUCUAACCCUGAGCCUACCCAACAAGUAACUCCGGCCGAAGAGACUCAGGAAGUACCAGCGACGAAGAAGUCCGAAAAGAGGAAGGGGAAAGGCGCAAAGGCUUCUGAACUCGAGCCUGAAACCGAACAAAUGACUUCUUCCCCGCCUCCCGAACAGACCCCCCUUGAUAACGACCGCGCGCUGGUUGUCGAGGAGCCGGUUCCCGCUGCCGAUGAAUCCUCCGGUGAUCCCGAAAAGCCAGGCUCUCCUAUUCCAGACGUACCGAGCGCUCCUGUUCCCGAUGUACCGAAUUCUCCCGUUCCUGAGGUCCCCGAUGAGCCUACUACUGAAGUGCCAACUCAGCCCGCUCCCGAGGUGCCAGGCGAUUCUGUUCCUGACGAGCCAACUCCCGCCCCUGAACCUAAGCCGGAGGAAGCUUCCGCCCAGGCUACGGAAGAACCCGUCAUUCCAACCGAGGAAGCGCUUGUACCUACAGAGGAAUCCGCGCUCCCCGCCGAGGAGCCGACACCCACACCAGAAGAGCCGGCAAUACCCAUCGUCGCUGAAGCAGACAAAGAAGCCGAGCCGAUUCUAGAAGCACAACCCGAGCCUGAGCAAAUCCUGGAGACCCCGACGAAGAAAUCCAAGAAAAAGAAAAAGGGCAAGGGACCCAGAGCCAUCGAUCUCAAGGAUCGGAGUACGAGCACACCAACUGUCGUGGGAGAGCCCGUUUCACGAGAGCUUGAGGCCGAACCUCCCGCUGAGGUUCCUGCAGAGACGGUCCAGAUUUUCUCACCCGAGAUGAUUGAGCAGGUUCCGCCACCAGCCGUCGAUGAAACAUUCACAAUACCGGAGAGGAAGGCCAAUGAUUCUGAGCCUGCCGCUCUUGCUACUGAAGAACCACCUGUUGCGGAGGAGCCAGCUGUUAAAGCGACCCAGAGGCAACCACAAGAGGACAUCACCGAACUUACCGAUGCCAAACCAAGGGAGCUGAAUUCUACGCUAGUGGGGGUUGCGCCUGAGCCUCAGCCCACAUCACAGUCCGCCACGGAACAUAUUCCUAAAGCCGAACAGAGCACCGCCAUUGUUGAGCCGUUGAAAACUGAGCCCGAAGUACCAGUUGCCACCGAUCCCAUCGAGCAAAAUGUCUCGCAGGAGCCCAGUCAAGAAGUCCAUCCGGCAACAGCGGGUGCUCAAGCAAGGGAACUCGAUGUCGCAGCGGAACCACAACGGCAACUGGAAGAAGCUCUAGACGUCCCGCCCAAGAAGAGCAAGAAAGACAAGAAAAAAAACGGAAAAGGCAAGACCCCCGCGCCUGACCUAGAACCCGAGGUCGAGGCCGUCCUCGAACCUAAGGCGGAGCCUACCAUCGAUCCUGCUACAGAAAUUGCGACCGAGCCCGUUGUCGAAACUGUUGCCGAACGUGCUCUAAUGCAUCCUAUUGGACUCUCAGCAGAAGCUCCCCCAGAGCCUGUCACUGAAAGCGUUUUCGAGGCUGCCCCCGAGCCUGGGUCUGGGCCCGUCGCAGAACCCGUCGUCGAGGCUAUCAUUAGACCGGUUGCUGAGCCAGUUGCUGAGUCAGUUGCCGAGCCUCCCGCCGCAGUCAGCCAAGAGGCGCAGGAAGACAUCUGGGAACCACCAACGAAAAAGUCAAAAAAGGACAAGAAACGCAAGGGUAGCAAACAAAUUGAACCCGAGCCGGCAGAUGUCCAAGUUGAGGCGCCCGCCGUUCCGGAGCCGGCGCAGAUGGAGGAGUCGUCUGCUCUCGAACAUGUUCAUCUCCAAGAAACCCGCGAGGCCCCGGAGCCAAUUCAACUCGGGACGACACCUGAUGUUCUGGAACCUAUCCAAGUCCAGGAGCCACCCGCCGCUCCGGAAUCCAUUCAGUUUGAAGCGCCAACGUCUCGUGCGUUGAUGGAAGAGCCCAGUAGCGUCCAAGAUAUCAAUGAUCACCAAGCCGUGGACGUUCUUUCCGCAGGCGCAGCAGAGGAAGAUGGAGAGGAUGAGGAAGUUGUCCAUUUCACUGGCAAGAAGUCUAAAACGGACAAAAAGAAAGGCAAAAUGGCGGAUGCCAUCCUUCCCGCUGCAGGCUUUGCCACUGCCAUUACCGCGGGUGUUGCUCUCGCUGGCGAGGACUUUGGUCUGAGCAGCAAGAAGGGCGAAAUCGAACCCGAGGUUGAAGACAAACCGGCAGCUGAGGUUAGCAGGGACGUUCAGGGGAAUCCCAUUGGGGACGAAAAACAUACAACAGAGGUGGCUGGCACUGCACCCCUCUCCGGCUCUGAAGAGACCAACGGCAACAACGAGAUCGAAGACAAGCCAAGCAGCAGACCGCAAUCACCAGAUGCCGAGAAGACUGAAAUCCAUCCUGCGGUCCCAGAAGCCCUCCGAAAAUCACCCCUCCUCCCGCCCACGACGAUCGGCCUAGGCCUGAUCCCCAACCCGCCCGAGCCCUACCCGGAAGAUGCGCCCUCGCCGAAACUUCUGAGCGGUCUCCAGACGCCUUUCUCGCUGGACGCACAAGUCGAGGCCUCGCGGCAGCUCGGGGUGGACAUGACGCCCGCGCAAGACAGCAGCCGCGUCGAUCACGAACCGCCCUUUGACUACGAUGCGCACCGGAAGAAGGCCAAGACGGAGCAGUUGGAGGCGACCGAGCUCUCGGAGCCGGUCGUCACGGCCUGCGAUGUGGAGGAGGUCUGUCUUGUCGAGGACAAGGGUCUUGGCAAGGAGAAGGGGGAGGAGCAUGAGCACGAGCAUGAGCAUGAGCAUGACCAAGACAAGUCAGUGGGUGGUGUGGCGCUUGCCGCGGCGGCGAGAGCGUUUACGGGCGGGGUGUCAUUGCUGGUGGAUGAGGCUGGGAGUAAGAAGGGUGGUCAUGAGGAACGGGAGAGAAUGGGUGUGGUUGCAGACAAUCAAAAUUCGGCAGAGAGGGGUGUGGGCUCUGAGGAGACGAGGGAAUUCAAGGCAGAGCUGAUGGGGUUGGAGGUGGAUCACGAGGAGAAGAAGGAGGAGGAGGUUGAGGAGAUCAAAGAGCGCAGCUUCGAACCAGCGACGGUGGAAGCGGAUCAGCCCGAACAUGAAAACGACAAGGGCUUGAACCUUCAGGGGCCGACGAUGGAAAAUGAGACAAGCGUUGAGUCUCACAACCCACACGGCUUGGGUCGCAUGGAUUCCGAGACCAUCCCCAGGUCAAUCAGAGGCCCGUACGCGGCAGGAGAUGCACCGUCAAAAAAGGGAAAAGGGGAGAGGGGGGGGAAGAAAGAACAACUGGACCGGUCCGAGUCACCGGAACCAGUGGUGCAACGAGCCUUUUCCUUCCCCGACGACAUCGCGGAUGAGGAGGUAUUCAACACUCGAGAACCCAGCAAGGAAGCCGAGGGAAGCGACAAGAAAGGGCCCGAGCCUGCAGCAAACGAACGGGUCCGACUGCCGGCUCUUUCCAACUUUUCGGAUUUUAUGCGGUCCCACUCCAGCCUACCGCCAGUGCAGGAGGAGCUCUCAGACGAGGAGGCGGCAGACGACCAACGGCUAGAAUCACCAACCCCACACAGCCACAGCCGAAACUUUGCAAAGACGCCAGAGUUGCACCACCAGCGGCGGUUCAGGCGGUCACCGCUAAGUGGGCAGCACAGGGGGAUUGUUAGUGCAGUUGGGGCGAUUGGGCCUGAGACACCACGCCUGUGCGAACCUUCACCGCCCCCUCAAACCCCCGAGCCAGAGAAGCUGCAAGUCACCAAGAAGCGGGCCCCAGCGUCCACCAGCGCAGCAAUCACGCCGCAUGCCAGCGCCAUUGGGGGUGGGGGUGCUCCAGUGCAAAGCCCUUCAGACAGCGCCCAUCGCCCGCCAAGACCCACAGACCCCAACCCCAACCCCACCGCCCACCGCAUGUCAUCCAAUACCAGCCUCGCCCGCCUUCGCACCCCGGAACUCCCAGCUGCGUUGCGGCCUGACACUCCAGGCACUAUGCGUUCCUCCAGCGGCGGCACCCCCCCGCUGCAGCUCCGUCGAAUGGACAAGCGGACCAGUGGAGACCUGAGGUCCGCUUCGCUCGGCCAGCUGGGUCUGGAUGCCAAGACCCACGAGCAAGAAUCAAAUCAGAACCCGGCCAGUGCUGCUGCUGCUGCUGCUGGGGGGUUCGCAGCAGGUGUGGGUGCAACGGCUGCACUGGGAACCCUCCAUCUUCAAUCACCGCCAUUACCGUUACCAGCCAACUCCUCCCGAUCUGCACAGAACACGACGCCCGUUGCGAAUGAGGGUCGGGUCCGCGCCAAGGACAUGACCGAUGUCUUUGAUGGCUACGGCGAGGGCCGCAUUGGCUCGCCACGCUCACCGACUCGACCGCACAGCAUGCGUCGCCGUCAGAGCAUGCAAGUGCUCGAACUUGAGUCGCGCGUCGAGCAACUCCUAGCAGAAAACCGCAUGCUCGCCGAUGCCCGCUCCCAAUCCGACUCGUCCUACACCCACCGCAAUGCCACCGUUCUCGCCGAGCGCGAGUCUGAGAUCGAGUCGCUCCGCCGCAUGCUCAAAGAGGCUAACGAUGUCAUUGACCGACUAAAGCAAACAAACGAAGGCCUACGCAGUUCCACCUCGGCCAUCGCCGUCAAGCACACCGAGGAGCUGCGCCGUAUCGAGUCCGAAUAUGCCCAAACCGCGCGGGAACUCGACCUGGCCCGCGGUUCUGCGGCCCAGCAUGCCCGCGCCGUGAAGGACAAGGAUGUCGAGAUCGCCCAGCUGCGUGGGGAACUCGAGGCGUCGACAGCCCAAAUCCGCGAGCUGCAGCAACAGAUCCUCGAACAGAGCCGGCCGGCGGACGACCCGGACUUCCUCAACAAACGCGACAUCGACUACUUUGAUCACCGCUGCCAACAGCUGUGUGCCCACGUUCAACAAUGGGUCCUGCGCUUCUCUAAGUUCAGCGACAUGCGUGCCUGCCGCCUGACAUCCGAAUUCAGUGACGAGAAGCUCAUCGACCGCCUCGACAACGCGGUGCUCGACGGCUCUAAUGUCGACACCUACCUCAACGACCGCGUCCGCCGCCGCGACAUCUUCAUGAGCAUGACCAUGACCAUGAUCUGGGAGUUUGUCUUCACCCGUUACCUCUUCGGCAUGGACCGCGAGCAGCGCCAGAAGCUCAAGCAGCUCGAAAAACAACUCAUCGACGUCGGCCCGCCCCACGCCGUCCGCCAGUGGCGCGCCGUCACCCUUACCCUGCUCUCGCGCCGCCCAUCCUUCAAGAAGCAGCGCGACCAGGACACCGAGGCCGUUGUCCAGGCCAUCCUGGACACCCUCUCGAAAAUAUUACCGCCGCCGUCUAACCUCGAAGACCAAAUCCAGUCCCAGCUCCGCCGCGUCGUGCGCGAGGCCGUCCUCCUCGCCAUCGAGAUGCGCUGCCAGCGGGCCGAAUACAUGAUGCUGCCGCCUCUGCAGCCCGAGUACGACGACACAGGCGAGCUUACCGAGACCGUCACCUUCAACGCCGCGCUCAUGAACGAGGCGUCCGGCAACGCCGGCAAGACCAACGAGGAGCUAGAGGGCGCCAACACCACCGUCCGCGUCGUCCUCUUCCCGCUGGUCCUGCGCAAGGGCGACGAGCUGGGCAAGGGUGAGGACGAGAUUGUCGUCACCCCCGCCCAGGUGCUCGUCGACAUCUCGCCCCACAGCCGACGUGGGACGCCCUCGGAAAAGGGUCUCGGCAGGAUGUUGACUCCCGUCUCGGAUGCCGGCGGGGCCAGUCUGGAAGCGAGGAGCCUGGGUGGGAAUAACAGCCCCAAGGGAAGCAUCAAGGGAGGCGUCGGAGUGACGGCCUUCAGUGAUAUCAGCAUGGAGGGAACUGGGGGGUAUCUUUGA